AAACAACUCAUAUCAUCCUCAUAUACUACUCAUAUCAGUUCUCUACAGUAAUCUACCAAACCAGUUCAGUUUGUGAUCAUUAUGGCUCAUCAUGUUCCAUCAUUUGCCGUUAUAGCAUUUGUCCCGCGGGAUAGCUUAGCGCUAGGACGCUUUGCACAUAAUUUCGGAGAAGAGCGUCAAGUUCGAAUCUCAGAAAUAGAUGUUUUUGAUCGGACCACCAAGAUGGAAUUUGAGAGAUCGGUAACCAAUCCCAACUUUUUUCACAUCCGUGCUUGUUUUCUCAACAAGUACUGGUCAUUUGUCAAUCAAUCCACAACGGAAGUCAUUAUCGGCUCCGACCAAAAAUGUGAAGAUGCAUCCCAAUCUACAUUGUUCGAGCCGCUUUUUGAUGAACGGACAGGUACCCAUUUCAUCAGAUCCGUUAGCAGAGGAAGGCUUCUUGUUUUAGGUGAGGACGACGGCCUUGUCAGCAUAAGUGAUCUAACAGAUCCUCCCAUCACAAACAUCUCACAGGCUACUAGAAGUAUUCGUUUCAGAUUGAUCGAGUGGGAUACACUCAUAAGACUGCCCAAGUAUGUAUCAUUCAGAGGACAUAAUAAUAAGUUCCUCAAAGCCUGGAGCCAAGGUUCAAAUAUAUACGUCUCAGCCUCAUCGGAUGAAGGCGAUGACCGGGAAACCUCCUUCGAGGUCAUUGAGAGAGGAGAUGGACAUGUCCGGAUACAGUCUUUACUUGGAUCUGGUGUGUGGUAUAACCUUGCGGCUGCGGGUGGUGGGAAUUGGAUAGUUCAUGUCAAAAAUGCAACAAGCAUUUUAACUUUAUUUUGGCCGAUCAAAGUUGGUGGUAACGUAAUUGCUCUUCGUAGCGCACAAAAUAACAGUUUCUGCAGAAGCCUUACGCAGGGGAAUUUAGUAGAUUGCCUCAGUCCUUCCGGUACCACAAUUAAUUCACCAGCGCGAUUGAUAGUGAGCGAACUAGUUACUGGGAGGCGAAUGUAUGAUGUUCGAUAUCACAUGGAUAAUGCUCGGAUAUAUGGUCAAAGAGCUGUCGUAGCAGGAACCGGCCAUGCUACUAACAGGGGACAACAAGAAUCUACUCUAACUGUCGAAAUUUCUGUUACGGAACAUACCUCUUACACUUUUUCAAACAGCAACUCCUUAUCAACAGGUGUUAGUACCAGUAUUACUGCUGGUUUCGGAUACAUAGUGACGUUGGAGGUAGGUAUCGAAAUAUCAUCUGAGCAAACUGUUUCAGUGGAGGUAGGUAAAGAAGUGUCGAGAACCACCACCUCAACAACUUCAUAUGCAGUACCUGUCCCGCCAAUGAGCACAGUAAUAGUUAAUUAUGUGGCAACAGAAGGAAAAUGCGAUAUUCCUUUCUCAUACACCCAGCGAGAUCAGGAUUCUAUUGAUGGAAGUUUUCGUUAUAGUACUCAUGAGGAUGGUGUUUAUACUGGCGUCAAUUAUUUCAAUUUCCACUAUGACCAACCUCGCUUUAGAAGCCUGCAAGAAGAAGAGAAUGUCGAAUAAUUAAGCAGUGGCCACGCAGUUGUUUCUACUAUUGUUUAUCCAAUAAGGACGGUGUUUAUACCGUUGUUGUGUUUUUAUCUUGGAAGUGUGUUGUUUCUUUCUUAUUGCAAUUGUUUCAUGUUCUGCUUUA